AUGAAGGACGUAUCAACCGCGUCCAAAGCUGCCCGCCCGUCGGCGUAUCCCAAGAAGCGCCCGUCUCCCUACGGGAUCUCCAAGUCUCGGAAAUCCCCUCUCUACCCUCCAUCUCUUCUUGUGCGGAGGACGCCGCGCGCCGCCAGGGCCGAGAUGACUGCACAAAGGCAACGUAACGCGCAAAUCUUGGCACUGCGAAGGCAGGGCAUCUAUCUCGAGGAAGAAUACCAGGACGAAAUCCGAGCUUACAUGCACGAAAUGGAGCGACACACGACGUGCUCCAUUACAUCAAUGGAUCAACAGCCGGAAAUUCGGUGGCAUAUGCGACCGUGUCUAGUCGACUUCCUUGUGGAGAUCCACUUCACCUUUCGGCUUCGCCCUGAGACACUCUAUCUCGCGUUGAACAUAAUCGACCGCUAUGUGUCCCGGCGUAUCGUCUACGUCAAGCACUACCAACUUGUUGGCUGUGCCGCGCUAUGGAUUGCAGCCAAGUUCGAGGACGCCAAGGACCGAGUUCCGUCUAUAGAGGAUCUUGUACAAAUCUGUGGCAAAGGGACUUACGACCAGAUUGCCUUUAUUCAAAUGGAGGGUCACGUUUUGCAAACCAUCCAGUGGUCGUUGGGACAUCCAACUGCGGAGGCUUGGCUGAGGCUCCUGUGUGCCGAUCGAUGGUUGGAGGAAACCAGAGUGCAACACGUCGCACGUUUCCUCAUGGAAAUCACGCUUUUCUACCGAGAGUUUGUGAGGUGUCUUCCGUCGUCGAUUGCCCUCGGAUCUCUCACUUUGGCGCGCUACCUCUGCGGCAAGGCUCGUCGUGCGUUCGAAGAGACAGAGGAGUGUCUUGAGGUCGUGGAGCUUCUGGAUAACCGAUUGUCGAAGCACGUCAAUCAUCUUUCGGAGACGCUGGUUAGGAAGUAUUCGUUUGCUUUCUUUUCCAAGGCCGCGACACUCGUCGUACACUACUACCUGCAUGGCGGGCGAUUCGUUAGACAGCCAUCCCUUUCGUUCCCCAUGACUCCCGUUCGGUCACACUCGGCGAACAUCGUCAGUACUCCCAUGAGCGUUUCGACAACUGCCUCCGACUUCUCGGAUGACAUGCCAGCGACACCGACAAGUCCCAUGUUCUCGAGCGAUCCAUUCUCUGGCUCGUGCUUGUCGGACGACAAGGAGAAUCUGCCCUCCCCUAUUUUUGAGCCGAUUAUCCAUAAGAUUCCCGCGGAGCCUAUCCCGGAUCAGUUCCUUCCGCACGACUUCGUCACUUUAAGUCGCCCGGCACUCCAUAGCCUGAACGUCUCACCUCGUGCGACAGUUGUUGCAUAG